AAUGUGUUUUUUCCAGCCUUCUCGAGUCACUGUUCUAACGAGAACUCCCGUCGGUUAUGUGUUGCUUGAAUUCCUAAAGUGCUCUUAUCUAAUCUUGAAGAAAAAUCAUUUACUACAAUAAUCAGACGUGCGUGAAUACACACCAAAUGUACAAAUUGCAGUUUUAGAAUUUCAUGAUAUUCAUGAGGAUGAUCAACAAAGAUUACGCGUAGAUAUUAUCAAGAAGGAAAAAAGUGAAGUUGACGGAGAGAGUGAGAGGAAGAGACGAGAAGAAGUGUCGGUGAAUGACGAUAAUUUAAUUAUCAAUAACAUCAACAUUGUGAGGAAGAAAACGAAGAAGUCUUACAAAGUGUCUGGGUGGGGCAAGAAAAUGAACGGUACUCACGAGAUCGAGAGUACAUGAAGUGACGGAAGCUGAAGCUUGUUGAUGUGUGAUGCGGAAUGAAAACAAGUUAACUAUUUCUAUUUGAAGCGUAGUACAUAUCUGAUCAAUUGGCAAUACAACAUAUAUAACAAUCAAAGUUAGUUGACGUAUUGCAUUUGCUUCAAAACAUUGAGUCAGAAGAUCAUCACUGAUACACAUAAAUAAUUUUCCAAGUAUUCCUUUGAGCUGGAUCCACGACAGUUACAGUUUUACGUGAAUGCACCGUAAGCAUCGGUGCAUAGCGGAAUUCCCGGUGCGUUAAGGUCAGUGUGUGUGACCUCAUUUACGUGUGAAAGAAGCUGCAUAAAUUGAUUGGCUUCUGUUAACACGAGGGCAGUGUUUGGAUGAUAAAAACAUCGACUAUUCAUAAGACAUCAAGCUUUUCGAGUUAGAAAAAGGCAAUGUCUAGAUACCACAAAUGACAACGAGGAAUAAAAACAGCUUAAGACGUCAGAGGAAGCCGGAAUCACUAAGUUUGACCUAGCGUAGAGUGACGUGAUGCAUCGGAGACUGGGUCACAGUAACUAUGAUGGCAAGAUCGCUGGAUUAUAUGACUUGGAAGAGACCCUUGGGCGAGGUCAUUUUGCAGUGGUUAAACUCGCUCGUCAUGUCUUCACUGGCGAGAAGGUAGCGGUCAAGGUUAUUGAUAAAAGCAAGCUGGACGAGGUUUCACGAGCACAUCUUUUCCAGGAGGUAAGAUGUAUGAAACUAGUGCAACAUCCAAAUGUAGUACGGCUUUACGAAGUAAUAGACACCCAGACAAAGCUUUAUCUCAUCUUAGAGCUUGGAGAUGGUGGAGAUCUUUAUGACUACAUUAUGCGGCAUGAUAGCGGGUUGAGUGAAGAGAUCGCAAGAACGUAUUUCAGGCAGAUAGUAAGAGCCAUUUCAUAUUGUCAUCGGCUUCAUGUCGUUCAUAGAGAUUUAAAGCCAGAAAAUGUUGUAUUUUUCGAAAAACUCGGUACAGUCAAGCUUACGGACUUUGGUUUUAGUAAUCGAUUUUGUCCUGGACAAAAGCUAGAAACUUCAUGUGGAUCACUGGCCUAUUCAGCACCUGAAAUCCUUCUUGGUGAUAGUUAUGAUGCACCUGCUGUAGAUGUCUGGUCUCUAGGAGUUAUUCUGUAUAUGCUUGUAUGUGGCCAAGCACCUUUUCAAGAAGCUAAUGAUAGUGAAACUCUUACAAUGAUUAUGGAUUGCAAGUAUUCUAUACCGUCGCAUGUGAGUGAUGAAUGCAAAAGACUAAUUGCCAAGAUGUUGGUGAGAGCUCCGGAAGGCCGCGCGACACUUGAAGAAAUAGCCAAUGAUCCUUGGUUAGGAAUUGAGACUGAUGACCCCGUGGAAACUUUGCCUCUAGUAUCUCGAGAACAAGUUUCCGAUGAUCACCAUAAUUUAAUCAUCACAAAAAUGGUCAAUGGAAACAUUGCUACCAAGGAAGAGAUACAAGAAGCUUUAGAAAAAAAUGAAUAUAACCAUAUCACAGCCACAUACUUCCUGCUGGCAGAGAGGAAAUUGCGGGCUCAAAGACAAGAACAGGUACAAAAAAAUCGUCCGGAGUUACUAGACGUUGCGGCGAGGCGGCAUAAUGAUUUAUCCGUUAAUGAUCUCCGAACUGACCCAAAUUCACUUGGAACUAUGAAUCAAUCACUGCUAACAGUGCCAAGAACGCCUGGAGACGUACCUCAGAAUGUUCGAACUCGCAAGUGCAGUAUUGUCCAAGAGGAAGAAGAUGAAGAUGAUGUGUCGUCUUGUUCAGGAAGAGAUGAUCAUGGCAGUAACUCCGCAUUAAAUUCAUUCAAUCGUCGUGGUUCCAGAUCAGAAGGAAAGUUGUCACAUAUUUUACAAGAACGAUUAGGACAGCUUCCAGAGAAACAUACUGUUCUGAAGCCACAAGUUCGUAGUAUUCAAAAGCAAGAACCAAAAAUUAAGGAGUCUACAUCACCAAGUCAUACAUUUACUGUUGUUAAAGUACAACAAGACGUUUUUACAUCUGGUACAAAUACUAAAAUAGUCGAAGAAAAUCUAAAGAAUAGACUGCCAACUACUGGAUUAACGAUGACAGAAGGUGCACUGACAAAGCGGCCGUUUUACGGUAAUUCUGAAGGGAAACCAAAGUCUGUAGCUGAGCAUUUAAAAUAUCCGGGACCUGUGCCAAAUAAUAAAUGGAGAAUGGGUUCUCAACAUCGAUUACCAUUUAAUGAUUCUUCUAGUGCUCCCACAAAAAACAUUACAAAUUUAAGUACUGGACAGGGAGAAAUUGCUACUACAAUUCUUACGGAAUCUUCAACAGCUCCAUCUCCACUUCGUUCUCCUAGGAAUUCUGAUAGUAAUCUUUUACCCAAGUAUAAAACAAUGCCUGCAUCGAGUAGUGCAAGUGAGUCACAACCAGACAAAUUAACUCUUAAUGAGAUACUUGAGGACGGUGACACAAUAGAAUCGCCGGUGGACAGGGAUAGUUCAUCAAAAAGUAGAAUUGUGAGAAGGACAGGUUAUGAACAAAAGCGAAGUAAAUUUCACAAAGCACGUACAACGUCUUGUUCUAGUUCCGACGCGAGUGAUGAUGAUAGUGAAGGUAGGAAAAAACGUGCUCAUAAAUUAGGUACAUCUUCGGGCAAGCCUUUGCCAUCUAGGAGAGAUAGUCAUGAUGAUUCUAGUGAUUCUCAAGAUCCUGGAGGAAGUGGAGGUGCUGGCAGAGGUCUUGGGAAUGGUGAAAGUGUACAGGGACCCACGUCAACUACUAAUAAAAGAACUAAUAAUAGUAACGAAAAUAAUACAUCUACAACCACCACCACGACUACAACAGGUGGUAAAGUACAAAGAAGUUCAGAAAAUCAGACGAUGACCUUCGGAAGGAGACAUAGAGCUGGUCGUCGAAGAACUGGUGAGACAAGAUUACGAGAAAGCCAGUCUCUCAACCGAAUUACUGAAGUACAAGAAGCAGAAGUUCCGAACACGUGUCAUGCUCUCUAUAGAAAUACAACGGUUACAACAACCUCGUCUUCAACUUCUACAGCAAUUUCACAAGUAACUACGUCUAAUUCAUCAAGCCAAAUGAACUGUCAGCCUACAACAGUUCAAAAAGCUAAAGGAUUUGGAGCUAAACUCUUACAAAGCUGGAAUCUCACUUCGAGAACUACUGCGUCAUUAGUUGAUACUAAAUCAAGUACAAAUGGAUCUAAAAAUGUGAUAAAAGUUGAAGAAAAGUUUGUAGAAAUUGUAAAAGACGAUAAGAAAAAAGAGCAGAAUGGUGGAGCAGUAAAUUCUUUUGAUAAAGAAAAUACAAGAGCAUCGAUGAACAGAAAUGACUGUAAAAAUAGAAAAAUUCGACUUCUUACUCGAUAUUUUGCAGUUCAUAAGAAAUUAUGUGUACCUUUACCUGGAUUUUUAGGUAAAGGAAAGUUAUAUAAAGCUCGAUCCUGUGGUAAUAUUUCGAGGGAUCGAAUCUCUCCACCUUCCCCUAAAUCUGUAUUACUUUGUGCUGCUACAGAGGAUAAAUGGCGAGAGCAACGACAAUGGUGUGAAGCAAAAGAGCAACAUCGCGGCAGUGACGGUGAUAUAAAUCAGAAUCUUGGUCUUGCUCAAUUCGUGCAGGACAGUGUAAUGGGAAACGGUUGUGUUGGUUUACCAGCUAUAUGUCAUAUCCAUCUUGGUAACCCAUCUAAGUGUUGCAGUCUUUGUUGAUAUGAUUUAUUAGGUCUGAAAAGCGUUCGUUAAAUAUUCUGCUAAAAACUGUGCAAUAAUAUCCAAGUUUUCGGAGUUAGCAAUCCCAUUUUUUUUGUAAUUCGAUGUAUCAAUUUUAUGGCAAAAAUUAAGUCCUGAUUAAUGUAACUGUGUUGAGUAUGUAGGGGAAUAAAAAAGCUCAUUGUCGAAUUAAAUGGAAUCUAAAA